CCAUCUGGCUUCUCCUGCCAUAACAUUCUUCAAGAUAUCCCCUGAGCGUAAUCUACCAUGAAGGUCACCUGGAGGCAUGUGCCGCUCUUACUUACUCUUCUCUUCCAGAGUUCGUUUGUCAAAGCGUACAACUGGACUGAGUGCAAGAUAAGGGUCGAGAGAAUCAGAAAUGGAACUCUCGUCCACGACUCGAUUACAAAGGACAACAUCUCACAAUUUCUAUACCAUGGUCCUGUUCCCGGGCUGCAUCCAUCCUUCCAUAGGCCCGACUACCUGUCAUUGACUUUAGAUGGGUGCCGAAAAAUCUGUGGCGAUCCCAUCGACACCUUUGAAGCGCCGCAAGCUCUCAGUGUUGCUGCUACCUGGGUGUUUCCCCUGGCCAUCCUUUUCAGUCUUCCAUGGGAGUCAUUGCAUGAGAAAAAGGUCUCAAAAACUCUGGCGGCGGCUUCAAACUGGCUAGGAUCGCCUCAGACUGCCCUAACUGCAACCAUAUUCAACUUUCGAGGAAUCAGGAAUUGUCAUCGAAGAGUCCGCGGUGUCGGCUUUGACAACUGGAUAACUCGUCACUAUAGCAAUGCCCUCUACGUCCUAAGCGUUCUAAAUCAGUUUGAUGGUCUAGAGACACACGUUCCCUUUAACAACCCUAGAGACAGUCAACCUACCAGAAUGCUCAAUGUCCUUAUUUACGGCCUUUUCCGACCACUCUCAGUCCAAGACGAAUCCGAUGUCAGACACACUCGGCAACUCCUCUCGGACCUUGCCCACCAACUGCGGAUGUUUCGCCGCAAAGGCGUCAUUCCUACUCUGGCAAGCCUUGGGACUUUUCUUGUCGCUUUUGUUUUCUCCCUUGUCUUAACCUUUGCCGAGCUAGGGGAUGACAAUACACCAUUUGCCCUAUCCUUUGGACUCCUGCUUAGCUGGCUUCCCCCGCUCGUCAUCUUCACCAUCGUCGACAGGAAUCCAAUAUCGGCAGAUCGCUCAGGUGAGCUAAUAUCGCGUUGGCUAUUCAAUGUUGAUGCAGUCAUGAGCUGGGCUAAAGGAGAUAACCCGAGACAAAUUGUUUACCAGCGAGCUGAAGACCCUGAGGAUACACAGACGAUUGACAACAUUAGAUGGUGGCGCCCACAGGGCUUACCAGAAGAGAAUGUGCAAGUCGCUGAGCAACCCCCUCCUCAACUAAACCAGUUCGAAUUGCGGGACUUAGGACGCGCGCAAGUCAACCAUCAGGCUCGGAACGAAGCUCAGGAACAAAACCACCUGUGGAACCACGUUGGGGAAUUUAUUGGACAGGGACGGCAACUCAAGUACUGUGGACUUGUCCAUGCCGUUUUAGUGGCCACAGAUGGCGUAGAGUUUAACCAUCUAGGAGACAAUGAUCUCCUAUUUUAUGCUAGAAAGACAGCCAUAAACCUGAGUCGACGGAAGCCGAGGUCAUGGUAUGUCGUUGCGGUAUUGUCUUUCCUCCUCGUAUGGUGCGAGAUCAUGAUGGCUUUCAUGGUUGCCUUCUGCUCCCCGACAGUUGGCCUAGGAUGCCGAUCGCUGAGCUAUCUGCUCUUUGGUAUUCUAAGUUCGAUCAGCUGGUUUAUUCACCUCUCGAUGGAGCCGUCAAAAUGUGUGAGAUGGAUCUUACAUUUCUCUAACGGUCUGGCUAUUAUCUCUCUUAUUGGGAUAACAGGAGCUCAGCUCACAGGUGUGAUGAACAACUGCUACUGCAAAUCCUCCGCUCUUAGCAUGCCAGGCAUAGGUGGCUAUAUGGACUUUGAGAAUGCGGCAUUUUAUAGAGAUCACUUCAAUUCGGGAUACUACUGGGGCUUUGCUGCUGUUCUUGGGGGUGCCAUACCCUUGAUUGCGUUCCUAGUGGCACUCUUCUGGUGGGUGAAAUGCAAGCAUCUUUGGAGUGCAAACGAAAAGGGCCAAGGUAAUUUUCACAAUAAUGCUACUGACAGGUUAUGGUUGGGGUAGCUCUAUUGUUUAUGGCGAGAGAUUGUAUCUUGCCUGCCGGGCAGACACUCGUGUUAACGCAAACAAGGAGAACCUAUAAGCUAUUUAUUGGGGCGUACGCAGAAGCCUGGUGCGCUGUAGGCUCUGAGACGCUACCCUGAUAAUUGUCUAAAUGGUUUUUGCAAAGAAUUGAACAGAUA